AUUAGCACAUUCACGGACUCACAUUUUUUGCUCACUACAGUGACAAUUGCUGAACUGUUUCGGCUAAAAUAACAAGAAUAAGUUUUCUUUUCUCGAGAACGCCUUCCUGUUGAAGCUUGGUAGUGCACGAGAGUCGCCCCCUCUUAAUUCCGAAGGAGCAGGUUGAUAUGUCAGACCUCUCUCCAGAAGAGCAGUGGAGGGUCGAGCAUGCACGUAUGCAUGCCAAACAUCGUGGCCAUGAAGCCAUGCAUGCCGAAAUGGUCCUCAUCCUCAUUGCUACGUUGGUGGUAGCCCAGCUGCUCCUGGUACAGUGGAAACAGAGGCACCCCCGUUCUUACAACAUGGUGACCCUCUUUCAGAUGUGGGUUGUUCCCCUCUAUUUCACAGUGAAGCUGCACUGGUGGAGGUUCUUGGUGAUCUGGGUCUUCUUCUCUGCUGUCACGGCCUUAGUCACCUUCCGAGCCACACGGAAACCUCUUGUACAAACAACACCAAGGUUGGUUUAUAAGUGGUUCCUCCUAAUCUAUAAGAUCAGCUACGCCACUGGCAUUGUUGGCUACAUGGCUGUCAUGUUUACCCUCUUUGGUCUUAACUUAUUAUUCAAGAUUAAACCAGAAGAUGCGAUGGACUUUGGCAUUUCUCUUCUCUUCUAUGGCCUCUACUAUGGAGUUCUUGAGCGGGACUUUGCAGAAAUGUGUGCAGACUAUAUGGCUUCUACCAUAGGGUUCUACAGCGAGUCGGGCAUGCCCACCAAACACCUCUCCGACAGCGUGUGUGCCGUGUGUGGGCAGCAGAUCUUCGUGGAUGUCAAUGAAGAGGGCAUCAUCGAGAACACGUAUAGGCUCUCCUGCAAUCACGUAUUCCAUGAGUUCUGUAUCCGAGGCUGGUGCAUCGUGGGAAAGAAACAGACGUGUCCCUACUGCAAGGAGAAGGUGGACCUGAAGAGGAUGUUCAGCAAUCCCUGGGAGAGGCCUCAUGUCAUGUAUGGACAACUACUGGACUGGCUUCGCUACUUGGUGGCCUGGCAGCCUGUCAUCAUUGGCCUGGUUCAAGGCAUCAGCUACAUUCUGGGCCUAGAAUAAACAGCAGCCACAUCAUUGGAGAACCCACCCCACCUGCCAUGGGCCUCAGGGCACUUCCCUUGCUGCCCGUGAAGACUUGGGUGGGAAAGACUCAAAGGCACUUUGGGCCACUCAGGACCUCCCCAACUGGGUCUGGUUUGGGGGUGGGAAUGUUGGAGAACCAGCCAGUGGGGCUGUUAGCAGCGGGGGCUUUUUAAAAGAAAAUUAUUUUGAUGAAUAUAUUUAAAUUUUUUUAUUGUGGAGCAUAGGAAUUGUCCCCCACCCCUAGGCCUUACCCUGCCUGAACAUGGUAGGGCAGAGCUGUUGGUCGGGAGGAGUCUUCUCACCUCUGGCUGAGAGCAGUGGCUUUUCUGCUGGCUGAGUGCUUCAGCCUACCCCUCCCCUCCCUUCCCUCUGUAAGGCGCAAACCUGGUUUGCACUCAGCAUACAAGAGCUCAGACUGGUGCCGCAGACCCAGUUCUGAGCAGCGAGUGCCCUUUUCAGCUGUCUGGGAUACGAGGUGGCUGUUGUACAUGACUGUUUCCUUUUUGUCUGGAAACUCAAGACUGAGCAUGGCAAAACUGAUGACUUUUCCAACUAGGGAAGCCCUGUGACCCCAUGUUUUGGGACAACUGGAAGAGUGAGUGGCAUGGAUUGUCUGCCACUGAGCAGGGCUGUUGCCCUGCAGGGCAUGGAAGCCAUCCGUAGGCUGUGGAAGCUACUUUGGUAGCACUGAGCAGGGCUGUUGCCCUGCAGGGUAUGGAAGCCAUCCGUAGGCUGUGGAAGCUACUUUGGUAGCAGUGAGUGUUGCAGCUUCUUGAGCCUGGAAGUGGAAACGUGCCAAAGGCUACUCUGCAAAGUGUGUGUGUGGUGUGUGUGCACAGAGCAGACAGACUGAUGGGUACCAAUGUCUGCCAGUCAUCAAUGUGCCCUUGAAACUAAGCAGAGAUUCCCAGACUAGGGAACAGCCCUAUGGAGGCAUGGUCAUUUGUGGGGUCUUCCUGGGCCUGAUGGUAGGAGUGGUGGGUGGAUAGGAAGAAUAAGACCCUAGUGAGCACAGGUUUGAAAAGGGGGGCGUUUGGAGUCAGUGGGAGGGCACCGUGAGUCCACAGCACGGUCUGUCUAGGGCCUUGUCUUCACCUUUGAAUAAAGCUCCAUGAUCUAACCCAUUUCUAUUAUUCUGUGUGGCCCAUGAGCCGCCUUACCAGGAAUGAUCUUA